GAGAGCUGCCUCGCCGCGCCGCGACCUACGAGCACCAUGGGAGCCGGGGCGACGUCGCUCUCGAAGGAACAGGCGGAGAAGUACAAGGAGUUCGACGCGGCCAAGUGGGAGGCGCUCACGAAGGACGACGCGGGCAAGGUCGGCGUCGACCAGCUCCUGCCCUUCGCGCCCGCCGUGACGUGCUACACGGCGGACACGAGCAUCUGCAGCAUGAUCUGCCGCGUCGCCGCCGAGGAGCACGGCGUGCCGAACGUGGUCCACACGAACAUCGACAUCGAGUGCGCCAUGGAGAACUACGAGCCCUCGUUCAUCGCGAUCCAGCCGAAGAUGACCGUGCCGUGCAUGAAGUACGGCGACGACGUCAUCGGCGAUUCCAAGGACAUCAUGUACUACCUCUCGGAGAAGCACCCCGACGCCGCCCUCUACCCGGCGGAGCAGAAGGAGGCCAUCGACACGUUCAUCGACAUGUUCUACAGCCGCUUCGGCCAGAUCGCGCGCUUCACCUUCGGCAACUGGAUCCGCAAGUCCGACAAGAUCAAGGAGUUCAUCGGCCGCGGCAAGAACGAGAAGUCCGCGGAGAAGCUCGAGAAGGCCAUCGCCGAGCACCCGGAAUGGGCGGAGCAACUGGCGAAGAAGCUCGAGUCGAAGAAGAAGUUCGACUUCUGCGCCUUCAUGCUGUCGGCGAACCUCGAGGAGAUGGACGCGUCCAUGAAGGAGGUGCUCGACGCCAUGGAGGCGGCCCUCGAGAAGACGGCCUACGUCGCCGGCGACACCUACACGCUCGCCGACUGCGUCGCGACGGCGUUCCUCGCGCGCGUCCACAUCGUCAAGGACGAGACCAUGUUCGGCCCGAAGACGGCGGCGUGCUGGAACGAGAAGUACAAGACGCGGCCCUCCUUCCAGAAGGCCUACGUCCUCUGGAAGUGGGAGCACUCCCUCAUGGCCAAGCAGAUCGACGUCUUCGCCGAGGGCGGCGACCCGGAGUCCGUCAAGUGGACGGGGCCGCCGUCCGUCAUCCCGGGCUAGGGCCCGCGCCGCGUCGCGCGAGUGCGUUUUAAGUUCAUUUGUGCCC